UCUUCUUUCCCUGCUCGUAGCUGCAAGGACUCAAUUGACGAGUGGAGUUUGCAGAUCCCGCUUGGGUUCUACGACUCUACUCUUCUUUUUUGGAACCUAUUAGCCUGACUUUGAAACUUCCCACUCGGUGAUUGUGAAGCGAAAGGACAAAUCGGUUGAGAGUCUGUAGGUGGCAACUUUGCAGCAUCUCGCAGUGCAGGUGCGGAGGAGGCGAUUCGAUGGCUGGCGUUUCGCUCAAUGAAUGACUUGAACGGAAAGACUCACCUGAACAUAGAAAGUGUGUUUUGAAACGAGAAGAAUAGCAUUCGUGGGGCGAGAAUAUGUUAAUGAAGGAGUACCGCAUCUGCAUGCCUCUCACCGUGGAGGAGUACCGGAUCGGGCAGCUGUACAUGAUCAGCAAGCACAGCAAUGAGCAAAGCGAACGCGGCGAGGGAGUGGAGGUGGUGCAGAAUGAGCCCUAUCAAGACCCUGAGCACGGAUCGGGACAGUUUACCGAGAAACGCAUCUACCUCAACAACAAGCUGCCAAGUUGGGCCCGAGCUGUGGUGCCCAAGAUUUUCUAUGUGACGGAGAAGGCAUGGAACUAUUACCCCUACACCAUCACUGAGUACACGUGCUCGUUCCUUCCCAAGUUCUCCAUCCACAUAGAGAGCAAAUACGAGGACAACAAAGGUAGCAACGAUAACAUAUUUAGCAGCGAGCCCCGAGACGAGGAAACCGAGGUGUGUUUUGUGGACAUCGCCUACGACGAAGUCCCUGAACGGCAUUAUAAGGAUUCGGAGGAUUUGCGCUAUUUCAAGUCCAAGAAGACGGAGCGUGGCCUCUUGCAGGAAGGCUGGAUCGACAAUCAGGAUCCCAUCAUGUGCUCCUACAAGCUAGUCAGCGUCAAGUUUGAAGUGUGGGGCCUUCAGACGCGCGUGGAGCAAUUCGUACACAAGGUGAUACGAGAAGUUCUGCUGUUGGGACAUAAGCAGGCCUUUGCUUGGGUAGAUGAAUGGAUCGACAUGAGCAUGGAGGAGGUGCGCGAGUAUGAGCGCGCUACGCAGGAGGCCACCAACCUGAAGCUGGGCACUUUCCCGCCGACCAUCAGCAUCAGCGAGACGGCGCUGGUGUCCGGCGCCCGCGGCGGACCGAACAGUGCCCCGUCCACGCCCCUGUCCACCGAGGCCCCAGAGUUCCUCAGCGUGCCCAAGGACCGCCCCCGCAAGAAGUCCGCCCCCGAGACCCUGACGCUGCCCGACCCGCAGGGUCGGCGUGAUUCCAUUUUCAAACUGCCCAGCUUUUUCUCGUGGAACUCCAGCCCGCAGCCCGAAUGAAAUUUUCGGCGAGACGGUGGUCUUAACUCGCCGCGGCCCAAAGGGAUCGAGUCCCGAAAAAUGAGUCGCGGGCCUCAAAAAGACGGAAGCGCCGGUCGGCGUGCUUGCUGGAUUACGUGUAGCAUACAUUCCUAAGAUUAAUACGUCAAUAAAAAGCCCACAGAGACUAACUGGGGUUGCUCACGUGUGGUGAUGGAGUCGCGUAACGCACGUACGUUUUGUUUGAUGAGCUGGCGUCGGGAUUUCACGCGUAUCUGAACGUCUCACUUGGCUGCUGUGGAUGUGGGGGGGAAAAAUGGUGUAAAUAUUGAUUUAUAUGUGCACAUAUUCGUGGAUUCACCAGUUCGCCUAAAUUUUUUUUGAUAUCUUAUGACUUCAGCCAGUAGGUCAAACUUACUGAAGGCAGAGGUUAAAUUACUCGGCUGCUUAUGUCUUUAACUCAAGGAAGAAUAAAGGGAUUCCCAUCAAACUCGCAGGAUACGUUUACAAUAUGAAACAGAAGAGGUCAUGAGGUCAAAGGUCACACAGGGCAGAAAUUUGUGACAAUUUAAAAAAGAAUUAGCAUAUUUAACUCAUUUUUGCAGUCAGUGAGAUGAUGCAAAUGGGUUAAAGACAAAGCCAUGCUUUGACUGUGGCUGCUUUUCUGCUGUUUAUUUUUUCUUGGGGGACCCAACAUGUGAAACCGCUUAUUGGUUUGUCAUCUGCACUAAUUUCAAAAUUUUUCAUAUUCAAAAAAUUGUAAUUUAUUGGUCCUUUGUGGAUUUGUUUCUUUUUAGCAGUGGGGCUUGCUUCAUUAAUCUAAAAGCAAUUGACAAAACUUCAUUAAUGGUUUGUGGCUAUCACUCAACGCAAAAAGAUGGCGGCACAACACUAUUUCACUCCCACUAUAUCGGAGAGUUUCUUAGUACUUUCAGAACUUGGUGGCAAAACAUUACUUUUGCCUAAAGGGAGCAAUGCAACUCACUUUCUCAGCGCCAAAUCACUAUUUUAAUCCAAAUGAAGUUCAACUCACACUAGCAUAGUUUCUUGUCACAUACACAUUUCAACUUAAUCAGAGUCAGUGUAAAUUCAUUUAAGCACUCAUUAAAAACAGAACAUGUAUACAGUGGGGCAAAUAAGUAUUUAGUCAACCACUAAUUGUGCAAGUUCUCCCACUUGAAAAUAUUACAGAGGCCUGUAACUGUCAACAUGGGUAAACCUCAACCAUGAGAGACAAUGUGGAAAAAAAAACAGAAAAUCACUUUGUUUGAUUUUUAAAGAAUUUAUUUGCAAAUCAUGGUGGAAAAUAAGUAUUUGGUCAAUACCAAAACUUCAUCAAUACUUUGUUAUGUACCCUUUGUUGGCAAUAACAGAGGCCAAACGUUUUCUGUAACUCCUCACAAGCUUUUCACACACUGUUGCUGGUAUUUUGGCCCAUUUCUCCAUGCAGAUCUCCUCUAGAGCAGUGAUGUUUUGGGGCUGUCGUUGGGCAACACAGACUUUCAACUCCCGCCGCAGAUUUUCUAUGGGGUUGAGAUCUGGAGACUGGCUAGGCCACUCCAGGACCUUGAAAUGCUUCUUACGAAGCCACUCCUUUGUUGCCCUGGCUGUGUGUUUGGGAUCAUUGUCAUGCUGAAAGACCCAGCCACGUCUCAUCAUCAAUGCCCUUGCUGAUGGAAGGAGAUUUUCACUCAAAAUCUCUCAAUACAUGGCCCCAUUCAUUCUUUACUUUACACAGAUCAGUCGUCCUGGUCCCUUUGCAGAAAAACAGCCCCAAAGCAUGAUGUUUCCACCCCCAUGCUUCACAGUGGGUAUGGUGUUUUCAGAUGCAAUUCAGUAUUCUUUCUCCUCCAAACCCGAGAACCUGUGUUUCUACCAAAAAGUUCUAUUUUGGUUUCAUCUGACCAUAACACAUUCUCUCAGUCCUCCUCUGGAUCAUCCAAAUGCUCUCUAGCAGACGGGCCUGGACGUGUACUGGCUUCAGCAAGGGGACACGUCUGGCAGUGCAGGAUUUGAGUCCCUGGCGGUGCAUUGUGUUACAGAUAGUAGCCUUUGUUACUGUGGUCCCAGCUCUCUGUAGGUCAUUCACUAGGUCCCCCCGUGUGGUUCUGGGACUUUUGCUCACCCUUCUUAUCAUUUUGAUGCCACGGGGUGAGAUCUUGCAUUGAGCCCCAGAUCGAGGGAGAUUAUCAUUGGUCUUGUAUGUCUUCCAUUUUCUAAUAAUUGCUCCCACAGUUGAUUUCUUUACACCAAGCGCUUUACCUAUUGCAGAUUUAGUCUUCCCAGCCUGGUGCAGGUCUACAAUUUUGUCUCUGGUGUCCCCCGACCGCUCUUUGGUCUUGGCCAUAGUGGAGUUUGGAGUGUGACUGACUGAGGUUGUGAACAGGUGUCUUUUAUACCGAUAAUGAGUUAUAACAGGUGCCAUUAAUACAGGUAACCAGUGGAGCCUCGUUAGGCCUCGUUAGAGGAGGUUAGACCUCUUUGACAGCCAGAAAUCUUGCUUGUUUGUAGGUGACCAAAAAUUUUCCACUCUAAUUUGGAAAUAAAUUCUUUAAAAAUCAAACACAUGGUUAAGGUUUACCCAUGUUGACAAUUACAGGCCUCUCUAAUCUUUUCAAGCAGGAGAACUUGCACAAUGGGUGGUUGACUAAAUACUUAUUUGCCCCACUGUAAAUAAAUACUGUAUAUAUUCUAGUGUCCAUCCAAGCAUGGGCCUUACUGGGUGACCUUUAAAAAACAGAAUUAACCAAACUUCAUUCACUGAAAUCAUUGGAUUGCUUCAAGGCCCUCAAAAUCUAAUGACAUUUUGAAAAAAAAUAAUAAUAAUUGAACUUUGCUAAUUGACUGUUGUGUAUUUCAACAUUACUACGUGAUGUUCUUGCAUGGUGUUGUUUGCUUAUGUAAUUUGAAUGUUAAGUGUUUUACUGGUAUUUGCAAAUUUUCAAUGUACUUUGACUUGACUUUGUUCAUUUCAACUAUUCCUAUGCUGUAAAUCCAACUCAAUAAAAUACUGUUGUCACCAC